UUUUGUUUAUUCUUUCAGCCUACACGCCUGCCUGUUUUCCUUGCCGGUCGCUCUCGCAAGUCGCCAAAAAUGUCUGCUAGGUCAUAUGACCGAUGUCCAGGACUGGGUCGACGAAAUUGGGAGCUUAAAGCCGAUGAAAGCAGAGGUGAAACAACACACAGACCCGUCCUGCCCAAAAGAGAAAUGCUCCAAUGAAGAAGAUAUCAUACACUCAUUUGAUCUGUCCGGGACGACCAAUCCUGUGCCGACUCUACAUACACUGGUCAAUGAGAUUCAGAGGACCAGCUCACCGUCAAACACGGUCAAAUACCUCAGUUUGGCGAGAUGUCAGCUUACGAGGAUACCACAUAUAUUCGGGUUCCGUGACUCAGAAGGCAGAUGGCUCUCCGACACGUUGGAGUAUAUGUCUUUCUACGGAAACUCGUUCUUGGGAAUGAGCUCUGAUGAUCAGUAUACGAUGACCUUCAACGCUACAGGAGCCACUGAGAUGAAACCAGAGGAAGGAUCCUACAUAGGUGAGAUGGGAGGCAACAUAUGGUCUUCAGGGUUAGCCUCAGUGAAAUUCAACAAACUAAAGGAGUUAGACCUAAGAGCAUGUUCCAUACAAACUCUUGGAGAAAACGUCUUCCAGGGAAUGGAAAGCCUCACAGCUCUAUAUCUAGGAGAGAACGAAAUCAACCACAUUGCAGCAACGGCGUUCGUCGGACUAAAUAACUUGAUGCAUUUAGAUCUGAGCAGAAACAAAGCCGUCGACGGGGAUGGGAAACCAAAAAACUUGGCUUCAGACAGGUAUUUUGUAUUCCAGGAUCUCACCGGACUGGUCUCCUUAGAUUUAUCCCAUACGAAAUUGACGCAACGGAAUUUGGGAAUGCUCGUGGGCUUAGGGAAGAAAUUCAAGAAUUUAUCCAUUUGCGAAUCUGGAUUGGACAGUCUUCUACCUAACAUUUUCAAUACGACAUCUUUAGAAGUCUUGGACAUAUCUGGGAACAACGGCAUCAUGAUUUACGGAGACUCCUUAAGGGGAGUAGAGAAAACUUUAAAAGUGGUGUUCGCCAGGGACAUAGGCUUACAAGAUAUGGAAACUUUCAGGGAUUUUAAGAAACUCGAAAUCCUUCAACUAGCUCACAACGAAAUCAGCUUCAUUGAUGCUAGCGUCGUUCAAACACUCAAAAAACUACAAGUACUUGACUUGAAUAACAAUAGAUUACCAGCGUGGUUCGAUAAGAGAUUCUCAUACAUGCCAAAAUUGAAACUACUGGCACUAAGAAACAACAACAUUAAUAUAAUCUCAGAAGAAAUGAUAGAGGAUGUUCUGAACGUGCAUUAUUUGGCACUAUCCGGGAACUUCAUAGUCUGCAACUGUCACGCGAAAGAUUUGUUCAAAAUGGCAUAUAAAAACCAAGUGACGCGACACUCUGGGUUACUAAAAGUACCCACAACAGGAAUGUACCAUUUAGGAUACGCUUUCUAUAACAACAUUAUAGAAGACCGUAUGGAUAUGAUCUUGAAUUGCGACAAACAUUGUUUAGAAGACAUUGAGGUAUCUGGUUAUUUUAAACUGGUCGACUAUACUCCAACUUCUUAUACUUGCUUAAUGGUUUCUGAGAGUCGAUCGAUGCUUGUCGCUAAUGUGACGAGUUGUAAGCGAGCGUCAAGAGAGGUGGACUAUGAUGCAGAGCUUGCGAAUGGAAGGCUGGUGUUGUUGCUGAUACUGAUCAUACCCUGUGUUCUGCUGCCGGUCGCUGGCAUUUACAUGUUUAGGAGGCAUCUCCGAUACUGCUUUAUAACGAUGAGGAAUUCAGCGAUGCUUAGCAUUAUUACUAAGAAUGAGACUAUUGUUGAGGGUACAGUAUUCAACUACGACGUGUUCGUGUCGUACUGCAACGAGGACCGCGGCUGGGUGCUGGAGCACCUGCUGCCGCACAUCGAGGCUGAGUGCAGCGUCAGCGCCUGUCUGCACGAGAGGGACUUCCAGGUGGGCCUCUCCAUCCUAGAGAACAUAGUGUCCUGCAUGGACCGCUCCCGAUCCAUCAUGCUGAUCAUCUCGCAGCGGUUCUUGCUGAGCCACUGGUGUCAGUUCGAAAUGCAUUUAGCGCAGCACAGACUUCUGGAGACAAGAAGAGAAGAUUUAACUCUUGUUCUUUUAGAAGAUAUACCGCGGCGUCUGCGACCGAACACACUACAUUAUCUGAUGGUUACGAAGACUUAUAUCGUUUGGCCGAAGGACGAAGGCGAAAGAAGUCUCUUCUGGCGAAGACUGAAGAAGACUUUGAUUAGCCAGAAGACUAAGCAAGUGGAGAAUGUGUCGUUAGCUUAGUAUUUAGAAUGGAGAUUAUAAAAGAAUAAAGAAGACUACAAAAAAAAUGGAUUUAAAAAUCGAACUA